AUGCAUAAAUCAGGUAAGAGAUAUUCGGAAACCGCAGCUAAAGUAGCUGCAGGCAGGGCCAGAAAGAAUAAACAAGCUUAUGAGAAGAGAAAGCUUGAAAGAGAAGCUCUGGAACUUGAAGAGGCUAAGAAAUGGGAACAGGGUACGAGACAACCAAACAGAAAGAAGCUUGAACAAGAAGAGAAGCGCAAUGCUAAGGUCCAAGCCAAGAAGGAGCGUGAAGCCCUUCUGGCCAUGGAAGAAGAAGAACUCGGGAAGGGUGGUAAAGGUAGACGGGUUUAA